UCGGCGGGAUGGACAAAAAUCAGAAUGAGAAAAUAACAAAAUAGAAGUGCAGUAAACAGUGGGAGGGAGAACAGUGUGUAGGCUACAAGGCGGGUUACAGCUAGAUAAAUAUGUUCACAUCCUAUUCGAUCGGAUUCUGACAUUGCAUGCAUCGUGAUGACAUGCAAAAGAUAAGCAGACUCGUUUUUAUUUACGAUUGCACACAUUUCCUACAGCGAGAACGAGUUUGACAUGGAAGUGAACCGCUAAGCGCUAGCCAGCAAACGUGUAGUACUUUAUUUUACUGUCCGACAAUAAACUGGAAGAUUACAGACAUCGAGUGGUAUGGAUAACUGUCCAUAGAGAUCACCUAAUUCGCUUUCUAUAUGGAUUUUAGGCCAACUACAAAUAGAGGAUUCAUUCUUUGAAAAGCGUUGAUCAGCUGUCAAUAUGGCCGACAUAAAAUCGCUCAGUGAGUCUGAGGAUGAAGAUCUACACUCCACAGAUCCUGAGGGUAAGGACAAGAGCAAAGACAAGAAGAUACUGUGCAAAGUCAAAUGGUCUCGCGAUGAGGACGAGAGGCUGAAGAAGUUAGUGGAGCAGCAUGGAACAGACUCCUGGAAAUUAGUAGCUAAUAAUUUCCCAGGGAGGACAGAUGGCCAGUGUCAGCACCGCUGGCAGAAGGUGCUCAACCCAGAGCUGGUGAAAGGACCCUGGACAAAAGAGGAGGAUCAAAAGGUGAUCGACCUGGUGCACAAGUAUGGCCCCAAGCGCUGGUCGGUGAUCGCUAAGUACCUGCAGGGACGCAUCGGAAAGCAAUGCCGUGAGCGCUGGCACAACCACCUGAACCCUGAGGUAAAGAAGUCCUCCUGGACCCAGGAAGAGGACUGCAUCAUCUACCAGGCCCAUAAACGCCUGGGCAACCGCUGGGCUGAGAUCUCCAAGCUGCUGCCUGGAAGGACGGACAACUCCAUUAAGAACCACUGGAACUCGACCAUGAGGAGGAAGGUAGAGCACGAGGGGUACCUCCAGGAGGGCUGCAGGGGAUUUGGCUCCGACAAUGGGGGGUUGAAGAGCCGUCACCACAGACCCUGUCCCCCCCAACCAGACACCCCCCACCAUGGGCACAGCCCUCUAGGCAUGGAAGGACCAACACAGCUUAGGGGUUACCCUUAUAGCCCUCACUGUGGACAACUGAUGGACAGCCUCCAAGACUCCUCCUGCUACUUAUCGCCGUCCUGCCAUGACGACCCAGACAAAGAGCAGAGAAUUAAGGAGCUUGAACUGCUGCUUAUGUCAGCAGAGACCGAGGUCCGGAGACAGGCCCAGUGCCGAGGCCCAUGUAAUGUAGAGCGUUACUCCAGCUGGGCAGACAGCGUGUCAGAUGACACCAUGACCACCAGCAGCAGCAGUCUGGAGGAUCAGACUGAGGGAGGCUGGAAGGGCCCAGAGGAGGGCCGAGGGCUCCAGGUCCAGCACGACGUCUCCCCCAGUAAAUUCCUGUCUGUGGAGGCUAAUUCCGUGCUCUCCACCCUGCAGGCCAUCCCAGAGUUCGCAGAGACCAUGGAGCUCAUUGACUCGAUGUGUCUGCCUCUACAGGACCCUAUGGCGUGGAGUGAGGCGGCCAGCUUCGACAUGUCUGAGACGACGACCCCCCCGAAACAAACACAGGGGGGCUACGCACCCCAGGGGAGGACCACAGAGGGGAUGAGGAACGCAGUUGACCCCCCCAACGGCAUCUCCACCAAGCACUGUACCCCCAUGGGUCAGGGGAAGGUCCACCCCCACACCCCGAACAACGUGCCCAGAUCGAGUUUGCCUACCCUGGGGAGGAGGAAGAGGAGAGAGAGGGGGGACCAGUCCCCUGAUAGGAGCUGCCCGUCCUUCUUAGACUCGCCCAGCAUGAACUCGCCCAAGAACACCCCCACGAAAGCACUGCCUUUCUCCCCCUCCCAGUUCUUCAACACAUCAGGAGGAGAGCGUCUGAGCCUGGACAACCCAGCUCUGACUUCCACCCCGGUCUGUGACCAGAAGUGUCUCCUCAACACACCCUUCCAGAAGGAGACCACGCCCAAACACCAGAAAGAGAAUGUGAGUUUCAGGACCCCUAAGAUCCGUAAGUCCAUCAUGGUUCUGACUCCCAGAACUCCUACUCCGUUUAAGAAUGCCCUGGCCGCCCAGGAGAAGAUGCAUGGGCCGCUAAAGAUGGUGCCACAGCCCCUGGCCUUUCUGGAGGAAGACCUCAGGGAGGUGCUGAAGCAGGAGAUUGGAUCAGACUUCUUCACCAGAGAACUACAACCAGACUUCAGGACAUGGAAACAUGAUGUGGAUGGCCCAGCCAGGAAGGUGCGUAAGUCCCUGGUGCUGGACUCCUGGGGAAAAGACUGUCUUAACGUCCAGCUAUUCCAGGAACAGCGCAAUAAUGCACAGGUCCCUGAGGAGAGUUUCCUGACCAGCUCCUUACUGAUGAACCCCCUCCCAGUGAGAGACAGGGAGGAGCGCCCCUGCCCCCCCUUGUCUAGGAGGGAGGGGUCCUGUGCCCCCCUGCACCGCCUCCCCAGCCCCCGCAAGCAGAAGAACUCCCCUUUGGUCAGAAUGUCCCACAACGCUUCACUUAGACAGGUAAAAAGCGAGUGGGAAGCAGUGGUUUAUGGGAAGACGGAGGACCAGCGGAUCAUGACAGAGCAGGCCCGGCAGUAUCUGGGUAGUACCUACCCGUCCUCUGCCUGCACCUCGAGGGCCCUCGUGCUCUGAGGCCUAUGUCCCCACACACUACACCCGUCCAGCAGAGUUUCUAUGGAAACCACGCUCCUUCUCCUAAUGACUCUUAUCAUACUUAGACAAUCUGGUGUAGGCAACUCAAAUAAUUUAGAAAGUUGUGUAUUGAUAAGAUCCAUAACUGAACACUCAAGUGUACCACAGAAUACUUCACAGAAAAAGCCAAGUCAAACAUUUUUAUCUAGGUCACACUGCCCAAGAACCUUGACGUUCUUGAUUUGAGUUUUUGUAGCCAUAAAUUGCUUGGUUUGUCAUUUGAAUACACACAAGCCUUGUAACAGGUUUGUACAGAUAAGAGAUACUAGAUUUUCUGCACUAGUUUAUAAUGUGUUAAAAUGGAACAACCUGCACAUACAUUAUGUAGUAAACUGUAGAAAUAGACAGAUUAUUACUAGCAGUGGCUGAGUUUCAUAUUGUUAAUAUAUUGUUUAAACAAAAAUGAAAAAAAUCUGUUUUAUAAUGUAACAUUACAGAUAUAUGUAUAUUCUCCAGCUUGUUUGUAGAACUACCCUGUACUGCUACACCUGUUGUUAUGAAGUCUUAGGCGAGAGAGAGAGAGCUGGGUUUAUUGCACUACUGAGUUGGGAUUGGCUGCAGAGAAAUGAUCAGGUUUGAGGAGGUAACUGGAUAGCACUUGUGAUGUGACUGUAUUGUUUCAAAAUGCAAUGACGUUUCCGUUCCAAGGCCAUACUUUCCUUUAGCAGUCUCAAAUUGAGGCAUUUGUUGAAUGUAUUUCAUAGCGUAAAACUGCGAAGAAUCUCCAAAUGGAAGGGUACCUUUUUUAUUCUUAUUUUAUUUAUUAUCUGUUCUCUAAAACGUAGAUAUUAAUAUAAGUGUAAAUUGAACACAUUAAGUCUCCAUUGAGAAAUCUUCCUAAAGCCCUUCCCUGCCCCUAAGACUUGAUCUAAUGUCAGUUCUACUUCUUACCUCCUAUUGAUCUAGGUCGUGAUUGGGGAAGGGUACACUGCUCCUAGAUCAGAAUCCAGUUGUCAUGUUUGGUACUGACCAAUAGCGCUCAUAUCAUCAGUGUGUUAAAACAACAUGUUUAGUUGAGAGGAUCUCCUGUUCGCGUGAAGGCUGUAGGUUAUAUUUAUUCAAUGUUUACUAAUUUAUUUAUAAAAACAAAAUAUAUAAUAUUUUCUUAUCAGAAAAGGAUUGGGCUACCUUUCACCUAAUUUCUCAAAAUUAGACAUAACAAGCAAACAUGCGCUGCCACUAAUCCCUUUUAUACAGUUAUUAAUUUAACUAUCAAAUUUAGUUAAUUACCAUUGUAUAGUGACAUCACCUGAGUUGAUAUUGAUAGAACAGUUUCCCCUGGAAUCAGUUUGUUUCUUUGGUAGAAGGAUCCAGUCUCUAAUCAGACAUUGCACUUUUCUCAUUGUUUAAGUGUUGUUUCAUUCAUUUGUUUGAGCGCAUGACAUAGCUCUUGUUUAUGUGUGUGUUUUGUAAAAUAAUUCAAAUCCAGUGCCGUUGGAUGAAUGUCUCACUACAUGUGACGAUUGAACACUGACAUAAAGAGGUAAAGAUGGAGCUACUUGAUGUAUGUUUUUACAUGAUGGCAUGUAAAGAUUUUUGUAUACAUUGUUUAUCAGUAAUAACCAAAGUACAGGACAAUAUAAGAUUUUCAACAUACAAAAAAAAUAAUGUUUAUUGUAUGUAUGUCUUCAUGUGACAAUGCAGUUUUCUAUGGCUCUGAUAAUGGUUACCGCUGUAAUAACAGGGUGCAGCAGAGUAUCUAUGGUCCCUGUGGUGAUGGUUGGUGUUAUUCGUUCCAACGGUCUUCCAACUGUUUACAAUCCGUAUUAUAAUCUGUAUUAUCUAGCAUUAAGUGUGUUUGAGAAUAAGAAGGGAAUGUUUACGUGGAAAGAUCAUGUAUGUUCACCCUCUGAGCUCCACAGAGCCUCAGUUUCUGAACUUUCUUAUUUUCCUACGUCGAACGGCUACGCUAAAUGUGUAUGUUUGUUCUGUUGGUUGGUUUGACUUCAGUAUGUUUUGUUUGUAACAUGUUUAUGUUAAUACUUGGACAUCCAACCCUAGGUUAUAAGGGAAUUAAGUACAUUUAUAGUAGUUGUUGUCAUGAUCGUGCAUGAACAACAAGCAAGACGCUGGACUUUUCCAUUACCAUGUUUGUACAGUAAUCACAGACGUAACACUUGCAUUAUGUAAUUUUCACAUUUUCCAGUAUUUUCUGCUGAAAUCAUAACCUGCCAACUGCCAUUGUAACCAUGUACUUAAUACGUAAUAAUAAUAAAAUGUUAUUGCAUUGCA